AUGGUGGCAGUGAAGAAGCGUAAACGAGGUGGAAAAGGCAAUAGCAAGACAGUGUACUGUUGGUAUAUCUUUGCCGGCGGGAUACUGAUAUUCUUGGGAAACUACUUUAUCUGGGAAUCCGAGCAGCCCCCAGCCGGUCAUGCCAUUCUGAAACUGGACGAGUCUGGUGCUCUGCAAGAGCGAAAGCGACCGCCGGAUUUUGCCCAGGAGCGCAUGGAACGGCGUCAGCGAGAAGACAAGAAGAGAAAGAAUCCACAACCGGAGGAUGCUCCAGAAGACGGAAGGAUAUCAGACGAUGAAGAUAAGGAACAUGCCAACGAUAACAACAACGACAAUACAGACACGGGCGAACAACAAUCCAAGAUCAGCUAUGUCUCUCCCAAUGGAGACGUAUUGGUGAAACCAGCCGGAACUGGACCCACCAAACUGGGGUAUGUCAUGGAUUUUGUCCACGAACGAGGCAAUCCCAAAUUCCGUACAGCUUCCACACUCAACAAGAUUGAAACCAGUGGCGAAAAGCAUUCCCAAAUGGUAGCCACGGCCCUUUCCGAAACCAAUGUGCAACCAUGCGAAUAUUUGGACGAAGAUGCUAAAACCACCAUGUUGAAAGCACGCUUGCUACAACGCAAACAAUGCCGUGAACCAAAUGGAGCCCUGAUGGUCUACAACAGUGCCUCAUUUCCUCGCACUUGGUGUGGUGUGACCAUUGCUCCAAAAUCGGCUGCUCGUGUGGAGAAACCUUGCACGGAGCCGGUUCGUUUGCUCGAAAAGGAUUUUCCUCCCGUCAACGGAGAUGGCAUGACUCCCAUUGUCCUCCAUUCGCAAUCCGAUAUCAAUGCUCUGGGUCAAGUUUCACCAUUGAAGGAUUGCUCCAUUCCCUGUCACGUCGAAAACGGCAUGACGGGUGUGGCACGGUACAUCAAAGGGACCGACUGGGUCAUCUAUCACUCGUACGACGAUCCCAAUGCCAAGCGAGAAGUGCAAACGGAACUGUCCAAAUUCAAAAACGACGAAUACUUUUCGUCUGCCUACUUCAAAUCGGACAUUCCAUUGAGUCGCAUUGACCUGGACAAGCAUAAUUUGAGAAACGCACUGCCGCCGGUCGACUUUGACGCGGUAAAAGACAGUGGAGUCUACAUUGUCAAUGAACAGUGCGGCGCCACCAACAGUCGUCGCUCUCGAUGGAAGGACGUUUUGGACAACCAAUAUCACGUGGACUCACCAGGCAAGUGUGGGCACAAUAAGGAGCUGGAACCGGGCGAAUCCUUGGAGACGCUCGAGGGUCGAUUGACCAUUAUGAAAAAGUACAAGUUCGUCCUGGGAUAUGAAAUAUCCACGCACAAAGACUGGGUGACGGAACUGGCAUAUGAGGCCAUGCUGUCGGGGGCCGUACCAAUUGUCUUGGGAGCCACCAAUAUGAAAAGUCACCUGCCCCGAUACGGGGCCAUCUUCGUCAGCGAUUUCAAUUCGUUUGACAAAUUGGCGGCGCACGUCAACAUGGUGGCCAAGGACAAGGCCUUGUGGAAUAGCUACCAUGCAUGGAGAAAAGACGAAAGUGUCUUGGCAGCCUUUGAACGCAAAUAUCAAUUCACCAAAAAGAGCCCCGAGUGUCGAAUGUGCUCGUGGGCUUACGCGAAGAUGAAUGGACUGGGAUGGGAUCAUCAAUUGCAACAGGUUCAAGAAACACACAUCGGAAGGAAAUUAUGCGUCGACAGUGACAGUGACUUCAUCGCCAAACCCUUUCGAGAGGUCUGGUCGGUGGGAAAAUCGUCCUUGGGUGCGGGCACGAACGGACCCUGCCAAUCGGUCGCCAACUCCGACAAUGAGCAUGUGAAACAAGACGGUUGGUCGAUUGUCAGGAGUGUCAUCCAACACGAUAGUGUCAUCGACAUCAUCAUUCAUGAGAUUGAUAUGGGUGGCACUUCGGAUGAAGCAACGCUGACAUUGGACUACAAGAAUCUAGUGAAUAACACUGAAGCGGCGUUCUUCGCGAAUAGCCACACUGUCUUGGACACCGAACGAGGAAUGCUUGCAAGUUCCGCAACGAUCCAAGAUCAUAAGACAAAAGUGACAGUGCUGGCAAAUUGGCAAACUACCGUAUGGAGUCCGAAACAAGGCGUGAUCAAGCUGAUAGUGCAGGGCAAAACAUCGGAUCGUAUGCAUGAGGAUGAGCAACGGCGCAUUCGCGUAAUAUCCGAGGACAUUGGUGAACAACUACAUGACAAAAUGACAGAGUACUUCCCUUCAUCUUUCAGCAAGAAAAUGAUACAAGACUUCAUAGAUCCAUUGGAAAUGUUCUAUUUGGAUUCGUAACAAUAAUAGCUACGACUUACAAUGCAAGUUAAAAUGCAACGGCCACAGUUAUACCCAUC